AUGAACUGCACAAAUUCUGCAGGCAGACUCCCACAGCACGAGGCUGUACAUUUAAGCAAAUAUAACGCACUGGAGGCCCUGUUGAAUUUGGGGCAACUCCUAAUGUUGGAUUCGAUACUGCAAUAUCACCACCAUUGCCUGGCACCAUUGCCAAUUAACCCGUACAUUAGGCGGUCAAACUUAGGGGAAGAUAGCCUUCGUGGCAGGCGUUAAAAGGGGAAGGGGGAGGGGGAAUUUAGGCGCGCGAGAGGGCGCCAGGGGCGCCCUAAUUCCCUUCCCCUUCCCUUUCGAAAGCCUACCACGCAGGCUAAGAGGAAGACCGUUGUCACUGUGGAUUUACUCCUCUACACAUCAUCGCUGGGCUGUAUAAAAAAAAAAAAAAAUAAUAAUAAUAAUAAUAAUAAUAAUAAUAAUAAUAACGAUAAUAAUAGUAAUAAUAAUAAUAAUAAACGUCUUUAUUUCGCCCGUUAAAAUACAUAGCAAACGUUACAGAGAGUAAAAGUAUAUAAAUCAUGAAAAUCGCACAGUUCAUUUACAAUUACUAUAUAAAACCUGAUAAAACAUUGGACAUCUAUAUUGUUAAAUUGCCUGGUUGUAUUGAAACCUUAUUCUAUUGAAAUAGCAAUUCUUAAAACGUUCUGUAUUUUAAAAUCCGUGGUAAUUGACUUGUUUGUGAUCUUAACUUCUUGCAUGACUCUUUGACUUUCGGCGAAGGGCAUAUAAUGGAUGGUUAACAUUGUUCUUAAUUUUGGUGAACAACCUGCGGUCACAUUUCUCUAAAAGUUCAUAGAUAUUAAUUAACUCAAAAGUGUAACGUCGCUUAUUGCACCUUUUUAAAAAUCAUUGUAUGGUGUUUAAAUCUACCUGGUUGGCUCCAUAUACUGGACCUGCGUGUAUCCAUCUUUUCUUAGUGAUCUUAAAAUGUACAAACACUUGUUUGCUUCCCGACGCUUUCCCUUAACAUGAGAUGAAAACUUACAGUCGUUUUGUAAUGUGACACCUAAUAGAGUGAACCUGUCACUCUGCUCUAUGCCACAUAGUGGGGGAAAGUUAGGUGUGACACCUUUUUUAGCCAUACAGAGUUCUUUGCAUUUGCUUGUGUUACAGCUCAUACCUCUGCCCACUCCAAAAAUGCAUUCAGUGCCUUUUGUGAUUCAUCUACACUAUUCUAACGCACAGUCAUAAGAAUAGAAGUGUCGUCUGCAUACUUAGUAAGAUCGCUAUCCUUGCAGUACUGAGCGACGUCAAGAUCGUUUAAGAACAGGUUAAACAAAUACGGGCCGCUGACGCUUCCCUGAGUAGUACCGCGGUUGACAUCCUUCCAAUCACAAAUAGUAUUAUGACAGACCACUCUUUGUUUUCUGUCCGACAAGAAUUCGAAGCUGACGUACCAGUUGACAAUGAAUGGGUUUAAAGGUCUCUGUGUUAAUUUCUCUAUUAAUAAGUUGUGCUUGACUCUGUCAAAGGCUUUUGAAAAAUCCAUCGUAAACAGCCUGACUGCUCCGUUAUCGUUGCUAUCUAAAGCUUGGAGAAAUCCAUGCUGUAUUUUUCCAUGUUGUAUUUGUAUAACUGCCUCCUGUUCUGUACGCAAACUGGUUGUUAUUCAAGUAACUCUCCACACCUUCUUUACCAAAAACUGUUAUACACAUGUACAUUACUCGCUCAAAAGUCCUAGCAAUUACCGGUGUAACGCAGAUUCCCCUAAAGUCCUGAGGCUGGACUGGAAUGUUUACUUUGGGUAGCGGAUAGACAUUAGCUUGCUUCCACGCACUGGGCCACCUUUGAGUUGACAAGGAUAGGUUCCAGAUUGCUUGUACUGCAGGUACCAAUAAUAUGGCAGCUUUCUCUCCUUCCAGACCCAGAAUGGUAUAUUCUGGGCCGGUAGAUGUUUGCUUUGUUUUGAGCAGAGCGUAGUAAGCCUGGCUCAUUGUGAGCUGUGGUGCAGGAAUGUUUUCCGUGAUGUCCAUGGGUACGGCGGGUCUGAUAUAAUCUUGAUCGUGACAUAAAUUUGCAAAAUAAUGAUUAAAUCCUCUCACAGAGUCCUCGUCAAAGCUCGGGUUGGAUCUUUCUUUUCUCUUUUACAGCGCAUCGACCUUUUUCCACCAGGCCUUAGAACCCAUCUUUCCACUCGCAAGCGAUUUACGAUUUUCUGUAACUAUCGCUUUAAUUCUUUCUUUAAGAUUAAGAUUAAUCUUAAAGAAAGAAUUAACGCGAUUGUUACAGAAAAUCAUUGCCAGAAAUAGUGGACAUUUCGCACCCGUGAUUAAUUGUCAGCGGAAUCUCAUUUCCAAAAUGGCGGACAAAAACGAUCGUAGUCAGGGAAAGCGUAUCCCCUGCGAUUUUUUAAAUAAUUUGAGCUCUGUGGAUCUGUUUUACGAAGAAAAAAGCUGGAAUGAAACACCUUGCAAGAAAAUGUUAGGUUUAUACUCGGCCGAGCGGCUGAUAGCAACAAAACAGUACGCGGCUGUACCUUUCGUGACAUUUUCGUGACAUUUUCGUGACAAUUUUGUUUUAAAACCAAGCCUGGUAGGCUAAUCGAGGAUUUUUGAAUGCCUGGAACCUAGUUUAUAUCCCGUGAAGCAUCUCUGGAGUUGUAGCAACAACCAAAAUGGCGAUUCGGUGAGGUUUGGAGUUGUGAAGCUUUGUCCGACCGAAAUAAGUCAUUCGCAACUAUGGCGUCCAUUACUGGACUACAGAUGGAAAACUGAGGGAAAUAAUGCGCCUUUGGAAGUAUUUUCCAGUGCAAAAAUCGUCCUUUUAACGACUGUUUUGGAAACAUCUUCCAUCGCAGAAGUGAUAUCGAGUCGUGCAAAUUUACUUCAGUGAAGGGUUUAUCCUCUAAGCGACGAGUAUGUCGCAUGACUUCGGCAAGAUUUUAAGACAAUGUAUGGAGAAAUGGAGCGUACAACGAGAGAUAAAAGUCGCCACUUCGGGAAGUAAGUAAACCUACUUCUAAUUAGCUAUUUUUAACCCAGAUGCGAAGGUUACAGAGCGCUUAACAUGUUUCGAGUCGUGCACCGAACACCCGUGAGCUCAUAAUCGAUAUAUUUGAAAAAGUUUCCUUUUCUCCAUACAUUUUCUUAUACGAAUUCGCAGCCAUUGUGGCCUUGGUGCGCACGCGCAACCGCCAUCUUGUCCCUAAUUUCUGGCAAUGCGUAAAUCGCUUGUAUAGACGUCAAAGUAUUGCGCAACUGCUGAUAGAGAACACUACAGACGUCAAUUGGAUCGACUCCUCUUCACGUCGCCUCCUGCCAAGACAUGUCAGCACUUGUCGUCCUUCUUGUUAAGAACGGAGCAGAUAUUAAUUCAAGAAGCCUGAAUGGCUCUACACCACUUCACAGUGCAGCAGCUUGCUUUGGAAAGAGCGUUUUCUACCCUUUGUUUGAUAUGGGUUGUGAUCACUUAACAGUUGACAAUGAGGGGAUGACAGCGUUACACUACAUUGUAAAAGAUGUUAAUAUAACCAUCACUGACUACUUGACAGAUUUGUACGUUAGAAAUCCGAACGACUGGAUAGAAAAUCCAAGGCGAAAUUCUCAUCAUGAGACAAUGGACAAAUUGGACCGAAUAUAUCCCUGGUUAAACACCUUAGUAGAGGUUAUCAGAAGUUUCACGGCAGCCGAAAGAGAGGGAUUAUCUCCCUUUUUGGAGAUGGAAGAUAAGAAAAACCAAACAGUUUUCAGCAUAUUAGAAGAAAAAACCAACGCUUCGUCUCUUCUGAUAGGAAGCAGUAGAAUUAGAGGUCUUCCGUUGGUGUUAUCUUUAACUCCAUUUCUUUUUGCUUACGAUGCCGCGUGUUACCAAACGCCAAUAACCCGAGAUUUAUCUUUAAAGAAUCAGUAUUCAUCUUUAAUACCAAUAUCUUUUAAGAGUGUUAUAUCGAAAACACUAACAUCAUUAUUGACAACCAUAAACUGUUCUACAUUGACAAAAUUUGUAAAGCUCCGGCUGGUCCAUACAGUCAACACUGUGUUACAAGGUAGUGCAGUGGAUGUUAACUGCCGUGAUGAUUUAGGAAUAACCCCCCUGCUGAUGUAUCUACGAACUGGUGGUCGGCAUAUGGCCAAAGUCCUAGUGAAACAUGACGUAGAAGUUAAAAUCAUCUGCUUUUGA